AUGUAUGCACCGCCUGUGACGCCAUUGAUUGUAAAUUUGUACGAGAAGUAUCGCACAUCUGCAGAGAGUUCCAAAGUGCAUGAAAGGAAAAACCUCAUUGCCCAAGUCUUGGCCUGGUGGCUUCAGCGUGGCCUUCUAGAAGAACAAGAAAACCAACCAACGUAUCAUCUGAUAGGCCAAUUACCGCCAACAAGGGCUUCCAAGUCGAAUCCAUAUGAAAUCACCCGGUCAUCCGGCGGUCACCCACUCAAUGGGAAACAGGCGUUUCACUAUAAGGCCCUACAACUACAAUUGGUCUUUGAGGAGGCUGCAACGAGGGCCUGAAGUUCUCAGCUCAAGAUUAAAACAUUUUAUUAAGUUCGUUUACUUUAUCUGUUUGAUAUUCUGACAUUUUUUCCAUUCGCAAUGAAUGUCAUGGCUG